CCUGUAAAAUCAGGUCACAUCGGUGUGUUGGCUAACCAUGUGCCAAUCGUAGAACAAUUGACCCCAGGUGUCAUCGAAAUCUUCGAAGAAUCAGUCUCUUCAGCUCCAAAGAAAUUCUUCGUUUCUGGUGGGUUUGCUUCUGUUCAACCUGAUUCAACUUUAUCAAUCACCUCCGCUGAAGCUUUCCCAUUGGACUCCUUCUCUUCAGAAAAUAUCAGAAACUUAUUAGCUGAAGCAAACAAGAACAAGUCUUCUACCGAUACUAAGGUCGCUGCUGAAGCUGACAUCCAAAUCGAAGUCUUGGAAGCUUUACAAGCCGCUUUGAAAUAA